AUGGCAAUCAUUAAAGCGCAUCCUGAAGUAACGAAACUCUGCGGACCCGAACCCCUAACAAAAUACCUCGUCCUCUCCGUCGUGCUCCUCCAAACCAUCACAGCCUACUUACUGCGCAACACGCCUUUCUGGAGCUGGACCAUGUGGGGCACGGCAUAUGUGAUCGGGGCGACGGCGAACCAGAAUCUGUUUUUGGCGAUCCAUGAGAUUAGCCAUAAUCUGGCGUUUAGAAGCGCGAGGGCUAAUAGAGUACUGGCUGUGGUGGCGAAUUUGGGGAUUGGGGUUCCUUAUAGUGCGAGUUUUAGGGUGAGUGGGCUUGUUUCUGUUUGCGUUUUUGGGGUUGGAAGAGGGAGAGGGGGCGGUGUCUUGGGGAGUAGUGAUGGAGAAGAGAAGAGGAGACCAUACCACCUAACGCACCACAAAUCCCUCGGCGUCGACGGUCUAGACACCGACCUCCCCACCUCCCUCGAAGCCUUAUUCCUCGACUCCAUACUCGGAAAAGCAUUCUUCUGCACCUUCCAGAUCCUCUUCUACGCCGUACGGCCUAUCUUCAUCUACCAAGUCCCCUUUACCUCCGUCCACAUCUUCAACAUCGCGACACAGCUAUCCUACAACUACCUACUCGUUCAUUUCUCGUCUUGGAACGCGCUGUGGUAUCUCAUCCUCAGCUCUUUUCUGGCAGGGAGUCUGCAUCCGUGUGCGGGCCAUUUCAUCGCUGAGCAUUACCUCUUCGACGCUCCCACGGCCUCAUCCCCAUCCUCUUCGGCUAAGGAUGGGAAAACCGUGCAAACAGAUCUCCCAGAAACGUUCUCCUACUACGGAAUCCUGAACCUCGUCACCUACAACGUAGGCCUGCAUAACGAGCACCACGACUUCCCCGCCGUGCCCUGGAGUAGACUGUGGGAGCUACACCGCAUCGCGAACGAGUUCUAUGUGGAUUUACCCGGGCAUAAAAGUUGGGUUAAUGUGAUCUGGCGGUUUAUUGGCGAUAAGGGCGUGGGGAUGCGGUGUCGCGUUAAGAGGAGGGAGGGGGGACGGCUUGUGGGUGGGAAAGGAGGGGCUUGGAAGGAUGCCGAGUUGGAGGUUUUGUGA